GUUGAUGAUUAUCUUCAGCAACAAACAAUUCAGCAUGUGGAGUAGCCAGCACGAUCACAGGACUUCAAUCCUAUCAAGGAUGUUUGGGUUGCUUUAGGAAGACGUGCAUCUGCUCUCAAUCAUCCUCUUCUGACCCCGCGACUGCUUUGCAAGAACAAUAGCUUCUUGCACUUGUAACGGAUCUGGUAGAACGCAUAAUUGAAAGCAUCACUGUAUGUACUGUAGUUAUUAUAUGCACUAUAAUGUUCAAUUAUCUUAUUUAACAAGUAAUCCAGUAUUGAGGAGUAACCUUACCAGGGCACAUUUUGAAUCUAUUUUUUAAAAAAAGUACUUGGCAUUCGAAUUUUUUUAUUGAGUUGCACCUUACAAAAAAUUCACAAAAAUAGCUCGCAAACUUUCUGAGUCACAGUAAAAAAAUUUAAUACAGUAGAACCAUAAUCUAUUGGUUCUCAUGGAAGCAUUCUUUGCGAACAAUAGAUAUGGGAAAACAAUAAAUGCUAAAUUAAAUAAUAAUUAAUAAUAAAAAUUAAUUUUUAACCAAUAGUUAAGAAAAUUAUCAAGAAACCUAAUUUAUAUUACUCAACCAUAAUCUUAACGACAAAAUCACAAUAUAAUUAUGAAUAAAUCGUAAUUGUUGCCACAACUGCAUAAAUAAUCUUAAACAAGAAUUUCUGUUUUUUUUAGACAAAGGGAGUGCAUGGAUCGAAGAGAUGAAAAGAGCCAAAUCACCGGAGAAAAAAAGAAAAACUCGAAAACGUCACCUAGACAUGGAUGAAUCAGCUCUUUUAAACAACCUCUUCGGCCGUACAAAAGUGGAAAAUACCCUAGAUGCCUCAACUUUUGAGAAAAUUGAGAAGAAACCGAAAAAGAAUUGGUUUAGUCGAUUGGGCUUUGCAUGCAGAAAAAAAGGUGACAAGAAAGUCAAAACAUCUGACAAAAAUGAGCCGAUCGUUGGAUCAUCUUCCAAAAUUGAUUCUAAAAAAAGAAAGAGUUGGUUCCAUGUUCCGACACUCCUUCAACAGAAAAAAGGGAAUAAAAAAGUGAACCAUCCUGAUAUGUUGACUGCCUUUCAAAACUGGAUAAAUAAGAGGAGAACCCGAAAGGAUAAGAAGAAACCUAAAAAGUCCAAUGAGGAAAAUGAAGAAGUUUCAUUGGUAGAAAAAAGAAAUGUGCUGUUAGGCGAAAAGCUGAGAAGUUCUACUGAUGAGCCUCAAACUGAGGACAGUGAGUCUAAAAUAUACGAUGAUGAGGAGUACUUAAAGUACACAGAAUGGGUCGAAGAGGAAUAUGAACGUAUCUUGGCCCUUUUUAAUUAACAUGAUGACACAAAGAACUAAGAUUUAAGUAGUGACACCCCGAACAUUGACAACCCGAUUACUGAAAGCCUGAAUAUUGACAGCUCAACUUUUGACAUAAUGGACUCCCCAAAUAUUGACAGAACUAACAUUGACAGCCUGAAGAUUGAACUCCCGAAUAUUGACAGUCAGAAUAUUGACUACACAAAAGAAUGUAAAAACAUUUCUACCAUGAAUGAAAACAAUGGAAUAUUCAGCUCAUUACAUGAUUUGGAUGAUGAACUUAGGUAAAGUGAUAUUUUCAAUUGUAUUUCAUUUAGUUCUAAAUUUUAUUUGCUGUUAUAAUACAAAUAAGUACAAUAUAUAUGCAAUGAAACAUAAAUAAUUUGCUAAUAUUCAUAAAGCAUCAA